CGCAGGCCAGGGCAGUGCCGCGGGUGUCCCUGCUCUGGGUGUCCCGGGGGGGGGUCCUGGCUCUGCGCCCCCGCCAGCCAGCCGGGGUUCCCCAGGGCUGCAGCACGGCCCGGUGCCUCUGCCCAGUUGCUUCUUCCAACCCGGGCACCGGCUGCGUGCAGCCCUACAAGGGCUCACCCCAUGCCCUGCUCGGGGCAGAGGUGUUGCUGCAACUCCUGGAUGCAGGGGAGACCCCCCCCAGGUGAGCCCCGAGGGUCAUUGGGGUGGCCAAGGAGGGAGCUGGACCCGGGGACUGCUCCCUGAUGGGGGUGGGUUUGGGGUUUGAGCCACGCACUGGGUUUCCUGGGGGUGCUGGGGGUUAAACUGGGGUGAACUGGUCCUCGGAGAGGUGUUUGUGGGUGCCCACAAACCAAAGCUGUGCCCUAACCCAAGGGCAACACCCAGGGGGAUGCUGUGGGCGGUGGGAUCCCAUCCAGGGAUGUGUAGGGUGGCCGUGCCAGGGUGGGGGACGGGGCUGUCCCCACCACGGUCAUCGUGCUGGUGGCCAAGGCCAGCCCUCGGGCAGCGGUUGGCGCCGGGGCUCCCCGGGGGGCUGCCCAUGCUAAUGAGCCCCGGGGGCCUCGUGGCACCUGCUGGCACCCGCGGGGACACGGCGGGGGACACGACGGGGACACCGAGCUCGCCUGCUGACCCGGCCAUGCCCCGUUCCUUCCUGGUGAAGAAGAAGCCCCCCAGCACCCGCGGCCCCAACUACGGCCAGCUCCACGCCCGUGAACCUGAUGGCUCGUGCUCCUCCUGCUCCACACCCCCCCUGCCGGACCACGACCCCCUCCUCGCCCGCCUCUCCCUCCCGCCGCCCCCCUCCACCAAGAGCCCCCCGGACCCCGCAGGCACCCGCAGCCCGGGCACCCCCUUGAAGGACAACCAGACCCUCAACCGGCUGGGGGGGGCAGCCGAGCUGGGGGUCCCCAAGCCCUGCUGCCCCUUCCCGGCCCCCCCAAGGCGCUGGUUCAGCUGCGGGCGCUGCGCCAGGGCGUACGGCAGCCUGGGGGCCCUGAAGCUGCACAUCCGCACCCACACCCUGCCCUGCGUCUGCAACCUCUGUGGCAAAGCCUUCUCCCGGCCCUGGCUGCUUCAGGGCCACCUCCGCACCCACACAGGGGAGAAGCCCUACGCCUGUCCCCACUGCGGCCGUGCCUUCGCCGACCGCUCCAACCUCCGUGCCCACCUGGGGACCCAUUCGGACACCAAGCGGUACCGGUGCCGUGCCUGCGCCAGGACCUUCUCCCGCAUGGCACUGCUGGCACGGCACCAGGACGGGGGGUGCUGGGGGGCAUCCUGAGCCCCCCCUAACCCCGGAGAGGGCCGUGGGCACUGUGCCGUGCCGUGCCACACCACGCCACACCAACACAAUGCCCCAAGGAAGGACUGGAGAGCACCACGGAUGUCUCCUACGGGUCACCAAAGCCGCCUUCAGCUCCCCAACGGCUCCACCGCGGCCCCCAGGGCUGGAGGAAUCUCUUGGUUGUGCCCCCCCCCCCCCAUGCUGUGGGCACCAGGGAGGGUUUUGGGGUUUCGUCUGCAGUCAUUAAAAGCGGAGCUGGGUGCUGCGGGUG